UCCCGUCGUGGAGCAGCAGUUAACUGUUAGUCAUCGGAUCUUCCGUGAACCCGGGUCCAAACUCUCAGCAUCUUCCAUGACGGGAUCUCGACUUCCCUUAAACGCUGGACCUUCAUAUCCCGAAACUACGCUCUGAUCAGAAUGGCACACCAGAAAUCUGUCACGGAGGUUCCACGCUCUAUUCUUCCCCGUUUGACAUGGAACGGCGCCUCUGCCCGAACCUCCGUACCUCCGCCGCAGACAACCGCCCUCUCGGCUAGACGACAACAGAAGCAACGACACUUACACGGCUGGAACUCAACUGGACGGCAAUUACAUACUUUGACACUCUCCUCUCGUUCCUCCCCCUCUGUAUCCCUAUCGUCCCGAGAGCUAGGGUCGUCAUUAUCCCCUGUUAGGCAAACAUCUUUAUCGACGAGCGGACGGACAAACCGCCCAACCCCCGCUGGCAACCCUGUUAGAUACAAUGGCGUUUACGUCGCUACCUUCAAAGCCGCACAGCGCGCCUUUCAUGCCUCUGCAGUCCGGCAAAGAGAACACCAUUUCGAUACUUUGAAGUUUGUCCAGCGAUUGAAAGAUGAGGGGUUCAGCGAGGAGCAGGCCGUUUCUAUGAUGCGAGUCUUGAACGACGUGAUUCAAGAAUCGAUCCAGAACUUGACUCGGACAAUGGUUCUAAGAGAAGACACCGAAAGAUCCACGUAUACACAAAAGGUCGAUUUCGCUAAGCUCCGCUCCGAACUUCUCAACGCGGAUUCCACGGAGGCACAAUUGACCCGAUCAUCACACGAAAAAAUCGCCGCCGACCUUGCCAAGCUCAAUUCUCGCUUGCGAGACGAAAUUGGGCGCACACAAGCGUCUGUCCGCCUGGAUCUGAACCUGGAAAAGGGACGUAUUCGGGAAGAAGCAAACGGUCAAGAGAUGCGCAUUAAAGAGACAGAAACAAGAAUCGAGCAAGAGGUUGCAGGGCUGAGAGAGCGGGUGGAGGCUGUCAAAUUCUCAACACUGCAGUGGCUUAUGGGUGUUUGCACUGGUACUGCGGCAUUGAUUCUUGGUGCCUGGCGUCUCUUUAUGUGAGCUGUGGCUACCUAUUUCCUCUCAUAUUGCCGGUCUUUGAACACUGCUCUUGUGUAUCCAAACAUUUCGGCAUAGCCCCUGUACAGUAAUUUCACGUCUCUAUAUCUCUCCUGGUCCUUCCCAGCGUCAGCGGAUCAAAAGUGGGUCUUUCGUUCCAAUCUCUCUUUAUCCCGUAGCCUGGCGGAGGUUCGGUUUUGGACGUAGUGUCUUGCAAACAAAGAUUUUGACUCCUGAAAAUCUACAUUUAUCCGUGAGCAUUGUGUCUGUCCCAUCUCUUCUAGUUCCAUCUCUUCUAGCACUGAGAGUGACUGAAUGCACAUCUAAUCUUCAUAUUGGUACUGGAAGCGGCC